CUACAGGCGAUGAAAAAUUACCUUCAGUGACUCAAAAUAAUUAAACUCCGCGAUUAAUUUAUAAUUAAUUAACCUAAUAAGAUUUAAAGAGCAAACUAAGAUAAUGAAGAGGUGAAUGAAUUAAUGCUCGCGUUAAAGUUUUACAAAGGGGAGGGUCCCGGACUCGAGAUAAUUAGGGACAAAGCGGAGCCAAUCAGGCGCGCGUCCGUCAGUCCGCCCGCAGGUACCGAGCAGAAGAGUCGGAGCCGGAGCCGAUUGCGCUGACAGUUCGGUAACCGCCGCCGGCUUUUCAGGCGCUCCGCUCCCUGUUCCGGUUCCCCUCGGCUUCUCACCGGGGCUUUCCAGUACAGGCGCCCGGUUAGAUUGCCUCGGUUCUCUUUUUUCCUGCUCUAAGCAGAAAUGCACCCGUGAUUUUUAGGGGGGAUUUGCAGCGUUCUCACGUUUUAAGCGCCUGCAGCGUUUAUCCUCAUGGCGUCUCAGCACCAGUCGCGGAUUCAGUUUUACCUGGAGAAAAACCGGAUCGGACCGCUGUUUGAGGAAAUGAUGACCAAGCUCAUGGCAGAGAUGCCAGACCAUCCUAUUCCUUUUCUCAUCAGUCACCUGCAGACCAAACACAGCUGUUCAGGGAAGCUCUACAGAACGCUCUCGGGCUCGGCGGCUCUCUGGGCCGAGCCGGGCUCAGCAGAAUCUAAGGGCAUCAGACGAGACUUCAGGAGCAACGAGAAGCUAUGGCAGACGCACCCGAACAAACCCAAGAAGUCCAAGAGCGACCUCGCUGUGUCGAACAUCUCGCCGCCCUCUCCUGACUCCAAAUCUUUGCCUCGCUCCGUCGAGCACCCGAACUGGGACUGGGGGGGCUGUCCAGAGAGCCGCGACUUUGACGAACUCAACCACAUCUUGCAGGAGAGCCACAAGCUGGGCAAAGCCCUGGAGAACCUGUCUCGCAGUAUUGCAGUUUCAGUUGAGCUGGAUCAGGACUCCGGAACAUUCAGCGGCUGUCUGGUGCGGCCGCGGGUGGUGGGGCAGUGGGCGGGCCGUGAGGAUGAGGACGCCGACCCCCUGGCUGCAGAGAUGCUGCAGCCUCCGGUCCCUCGCUCCAAGACGGAGGGCUGGCAGGGCGAGGACAGCGGCCCAGUGGGAAGCCUGAAGGUGGAGCCCAAGAGCAAAGGCCUGAAACAGCAGCAGCAACAUCACAAGAAGCUGCUGGCUGCCAUGCUGUCCCAGGACUCCUUCGAAUCGGCCCCAGACUCCCCUGCCUACAUUGCAGAGGAAGACAUCGAAGACGAGGACGAAGCCAUGGAGUUACUUGAGGACUUGGACGACCUGCGCAUGGAGGGGGUCACCGGCCUGGCGCCAUCUGGUGGCAGGUUCAGUCAGGGCCGCGGCUCCUCCGGCUCAGAACCCCAGGCCAAAGUCACCCUCAACAUCUGUUCCAGGUGUGCGAGGCUUCAGGGAGACAGCUUGAUCACGAAAGACGGCGACGGGACUGGGACUGGCGUCCGCGUGCACUUCGUCUCUCCAGCGUCCUGUCCAUCGCCUGGGGGCGGGAUCCUCACGGAGGCUGAGGCGGAACCCGAGAGUGCUCUCCGUGUGCCGGGCCCGCGUCUGCCAGUCUGGGACUCGGAUCUGAAGUCUGUCAAAGGCAAGAGCUCGCUGACUCAGAAAGGACUCCUAUUAAAGGACUCGCUCUUUGCAAAAGAACUGCAGAGUAUGGAGAAACAUCUCCCUGUGGCUGAGAAGGACCUGGCUAAGCUGUCUGCAGGACGGUUGCCGCACGAAGCCAUCCUGCUCCCCCACAGCGCCGGGCCCCUGUCCCCGCUUCUCGGAGCCACACCCUCACCUCUGAUGGCCGGCGAUCCACAUUCAGGAAGGGGUGCCAGAGCCCAGACCCCUGGCUGCUUCCCUACACCCAGCGGCCUGGUGACGUGGGCCAGCUUCGGCAGCAGGGAAGAGGCCCUGGUGGGCCAUGCUGGGAGGCCCCAGCUCACGCCGACGGGCCCCAGCACCACAGACGCCCUGGGGAAGUUGGGAGAUCAGAGUGGCGGCCUGUCGGAGGAGGAGAUAUGCCACCAGCUGCAGGCCGUCCGACAGCCCUGGUUGGUCCCCAGUGAUGCGGAGAGUGACCAUGUGGAGUCACUGCCAAAGGACAGCCGCACCCCGAGUGUGGCUCCCAGUGCUCCCAGUAAAAAAUCUCUGCUGUCAGGCCUGUAACCCUGAGGACCUGAAGCAGGGAUGUGACCCCAUCCUUAAGCAACUCACCGAAUGGCUUCAUGGGGGAAAUGUCAUUAAGGGUGACAUUGGUGGAGCGGAUUUGUUAAACAGCAGAGUGUGGGAUACAGAGCUUUUGGUUCUGAUGUGGUUCCUGUGAGAAGCUCCUGAGGUCUCCAGUAGAGUCUGACAUGGUACCGGUGAGAAGCUCCCGAGAUCUCCAGCAGGGUCUGAGAUGGUUCCUGUGAGAAGCUCCUGAGGCCUCCAGCAGGGUCUGAGAUGGUUCCUGUGAGAAGCUCCUGAGGUCUCCAGCAGGGUCUGAGAUGGUUCCUGUGAGAAGCUCCUGAGGUCUCCAGCAGGGUCUGAGAUGGUUCCUGUGAGAAGCUCUUGAGGUCUCCAGCAGGGGCUGCCAUGGUUCCUGUGAGCUUGUGUUCAGAAUAUCCCUCACAUAUAUGCUCUGGCUCCCAGUUUUGUAGCAGCUAAACUUAAUGUAUUUUAAGUAUUAUUAUUAUUAAUAAUAAUAAUAAUAAUAAUAAUAAUAUUAAUGGGGUGGCAGUGCUGCCUCCCUCUGCACAGUUGGGGGUUAGUUCCCCCCCACCCCUGCUUGAUGUGGAGUUUGCAUGUUCUCCCUGACAUUUGCAUGGUUCUCCUCUGGGACCUCCAAGUUCCUCCCACAGUACUAACUGGCAUCUUGGCUAGCUGGUGACUACAGGCAUACGCCCAGCGAUGGCCUGGAGUCCCGCCUCCUCCCCAUGCCCAGUGCAUUGUGGGAUAGCCUCCCAGCCAUGACCAUGACCCUCUGUGGUAUGAGCAGUUAUGGAACGUGAGUGAAUAGCUGUUAAUAUUUAUCACCAUAAUAUUACUUACUAUGCAAAAUCAAUGUCUAGACUUUACAUGUAUUUAAUGAGCAUUUAAAUUUCACUUCCUGCUUUAAUUUUCUCCCACCCUGCAAUACCCUUGGCUUUGGAGGGGGGCUGUUUCUUCUAGAGCAACACAGCAACAUUCCCCCCCCCCCCCCCCCCCCCCCCGCCCAACAUGUACUGCACUAUCUCGCUUGGUAUCUUAACUUUAAAAAACCCGCAUCCAUCUAACACCGCUGUGUAUUAAGUAUAUCAAAUCUGCAAUUACACGUUCUUUAUCUAAUUAACAAAUACUCCUGUAUUUAUUCCAUGAAGCUCCAUUCUCCUAUAUCCCCUUGAUCUGAAAUAUUGUAUGACCUGUUAAUUCAGAUUCCCAAGGGCUUAUAUUCAGAGGAAUGUGGUAUUUUUAGCCAUGGGCGUGGCUGUCUGGCCAGCUGCCGCUUCGCACCCGGACAGUGUCGCGGCCAUGCAGCCGCCUGGGGUCUCCUCGGAUACCCACUCCCAUCCUGCGGGCGUGAACCGCCAUCACCCUGUACAAACACUCCGGGCUCAGAGCUCAUUUCCGCUCACAAGUGAAAGGAUAUUAAACCAACCCUGCAAGAUUGCUUUAAGAAAAUGAAAACGUCCUGAAUUACACUGCGGCCGGAGGAUUUAGCGCCUGCGGAGUAGUGGCUUUAAUAAACGCGUUCCUGUGCGGACGUGUGAGAAUGGGGGCCUGGGCGUUUGAAGCUGACAGAAACGUGAGGGCUCAGUCAUCACGUGCCUCAGAGUCCGGGGGAGAGACAGGCGGCCGGUAAUGAACGGCUCAGCCGUCUCUCUGUGCAUGAAAACAGAAAAGCUAUUUAGCACAUGGGAAGUGAGAGCAGCUCCCCGCACAGACCUCCCCGCUCUCCGAGUGCUGUGGGUAGCAGCUAAGCCACCUCACCUCAUCUGUGACUCCGCGGGACAUCACGGACACGGCCUGAACCCACGGCGCUGUGGGACGGUGCGGGAGAGCGCAAGGGAAGCUGGGGUGUGUCCAAAUGUAAAAGUUUGUGUGUGUUUCCAGUUGUACACAAAUGUGUGUUUUGAGUUCAGUCUUUUAUUGUAAUUUUUUCAAAUUCAUGUUUAUAAACGUAGACUUCUGAUAAUACCUAUAACUAAUUCCAGAUACAGCCCUAUAUUAAAGGCUUAUACAUUUGAAAACAUUGCUACUUUAAUGUUUUUAAAACAAAUUUGUUUAAGAUGUAAUAAAGUAUUUCAUUUCACUGACUGCUGCGUGCAAUUAUCACUGACAAUAAAUGUAGUAUUUUAUUUCUGUGUACAUACUAAGGAGAGGAAAUA